AAGUGUACCAUGUUCUCCAGAUUAUGGUGGCUUUUGUUCCUGGUUGAGCAUCCUCUUUUUUUGGCACAAAACACCAAUGAAGAAAAAAGAAAUGCAGUGAAAAAACAGAAGUCGAAACCUUUCCUAUCAAACGCUGUAGAAAAAUACCCCAGUUCAAGUGACCAAGAUGAAGACUGCAUUCUGGAAAUGGCUUUCCUCCUGGACAGCUCAGAAAGCGCUAAGAACUUCAACCAUGAACAGCAGAAAAAGUUUGUCUUGGAGAUAGUGGACAGAAUGAAAGGUCUGCAACUCACCUCUGGACGUACCCUCAGCUGGAGGAUAGCCUUACUCCAGUAUAGCAGCACUGUUCUCAUAGAGCAAACCUUCCGAGACUGGAAGGGUCCAGAUGCUUUUAAAUCCCGCAUCGCUCCUAUAACAUACAUAGGCCAUGGAACCUACACUACUUACGCCAUCACCAACCUCACACAGCUGUACAUGACUGAAGGGACUCAUGGCAGUGUGAAAGUUGCCGUGCUCCUGACAGAUGGAGUGGACCAUCCAAGAAACCCAGACAUUUUUUCAGCUACUGCUGAUGCUAAGCAUCAAGGUAUCGUGUUCUUCACAGUGGGGAUGACCAGAGUGGCUGAAGAGGUAGCUAAUGCUGCCAAGCUCCGGCUUCUGGCCAGUGUUCCUGCAUCCAGGUUUGUCUUCAAUCUGCAGGAGAAAGGAAUUGUGGAGAGAAUUCUCAAUGAAAUGAAAGAGCUGGCAGAAGAAGGAUGUCCCCAGCCUCCAGUAUGUAACUGUGCAAAAGGAGAAAGGGGUUCACCUGGUCCUGCUGGUAAAAAGGGUCGCCCCGGUGAUGAUGGAGCUACUGGUCCAAAGGGAGUGAAGGGGGAGCCAGGCUUAAAUGGAAUUCCAGGAAGAGAUGGGACAGAGGGAAAGUCAGGAUACAAAGGAGAAAAGGGGGAAAGAGGCGAAUGUGGAACACCAGGAAUAAAAGGUGAUCGAGGCCCAGAAGGUCCAGGUGGCCCAAGAGGACUCCGUGGUCUCCAGGGUCCCCAAGGGUUGCCUGGAGAUCAAGGAGCUGAAGGAGUGCAGGGAACAAAGGGUGAACGAGGCCUCCCUGGCCCUCCUGGAUUGACUGGAGAAACUGGAGUAGGAUUGCCAGGCCCAAAGGGUGAUAUCGGUUUAAUAGGAAGACCGGGUCCUGUCGGUCCACCAGGGGUUGGAGAACCAGGUUUACCGGGGCCUCAAGGACCGCAAGGUAUUCAGGGAGAAAGAGGAUCCCCAGGUGAAGGUCUUCCUGGUCCAAAGGGAGAUCGUGGUUUUGAUGGGCCAAAGGGACCUCGGGGACAACCAGGCAUUGGCAUAAAGGGUGAAAAGGGUGAACUUGGCCCUCCUGGUUUGCCAGGGCCCAUUGGAUUGCCUGGUGUUGGAAUUCAAGGAGAAAAGGGAGUGGAAGGUCCAAAAGGACCACCAGGGCCAAGAGGGCCACCAGGACAGGGGUUACCUGGACCAAAGGGUGAUCAAGGUUUGCCAGGAGAAACUGGAGCUCCUGGAGAAAGGGGUCUUGGAGAACCUGGUGCAAAGGGGGAACCAGGUUCUUCGGGGCUGGCAGGCCUACCUGGCCUUCCCGGAGAAGAUGGAGCACCAGGACAAAAGGGAGAACCAGGAUUACCUGGCCUCCGUGGUCCAGAAGGUGCUCCUGGGAUUGGAAUACAGGGUGAAAAGGGUGAUCAAGGUCAAAGAGGCAUACGUGGAUUAUCAGGACCAACUGGAGUUGCUGGACCUGCAGGGGCGAAAGGUGAACCCGGUGCACCAGGACGUCUUGGAAUGCCUGGUCUUCCAGGACGAGCUAUCAUGGGACCAAAGGGUGAUAUUGGAUUACCUGGUCCUCCUGGCCCAAUUGGAGAACAGGGAAUAGGGAUUCCUGGUGCUAAGGGCGACCGUGGACAUCCAGGACCUCCUGGGCCAUUCGGGCCAAAGGGAGAUGGGUAUCCAGGCCCAACAGGACUUCCAGGGCUUCCGGGGCCAUCUGGGGAGCAAGGCCCUGAAGGGAUUGGAUUACCUGGACCAAAGGGUGAUCCAGGUGUGAGAGGACCAGUUGGUCUCCCAGGCCCACCAGGAGAAGGCCUUCCAGGACCAAAAGGUAGUAAUGGGCGACAAGGCCCACCUGGACCACUGGGACCUCCAGGGGAAGGUAUCCAAGGACCAAAGGGUGAGCAAGGAAUUCAAGGAAUGCCAGGACCUCGUGGGACUCCGGGAGAAGGACUCCUUGGGCCAAAGGGUGAUCGUGGAGCUGCAGGUGAGAGAGGAAGAAAAGGAGAAAAAGGUAAUAUGGGUGAUCCUGGUUCAGCUGGAGAUCCUGGGAAAACUGGAGCAAAGGGAGAGCAAGGCCUCACAAGAGAAGAUAUCAUUAAAUUGAUAAAAGAGAUCUGUGGCUGCGGUAUUAAAUGCAAGGAGAUCCCGAUGGAGCUUGUAUUUGUGAUCGACAGCUCUGAAAGCGUUGGUCCAGAAAACUUUGAAAUAAUCAAAGAUUUUGUCACUGCUUUAGUAGACAGAGUGACUGUAGGCAGAAAUGCUACCCGCAUUGGUCUCGUCCUCUACAGUUUGGAGGUUCGGCUUGAAUUUGGACUUAAUAGAUACACUACCCAACAGGAUGUGAAACAAGCCAUCAGGAAAAUGCUAUAUAUGGGAGAAGGCACUUACACAGGGACUGCCAUCCGAAAAGCAACCCAGGAAGGAUUUUUUGGGGCUCGGACUGGUGUAAGGAAGGUUGCAAUAGUCUUAACCGAUGGCCAAGCAGAUAAGAGAGAAGCUGUUAAACUGGAUUUUGCUGUCCGAGAAGCUCAUGCGGCUAACAUUGAAAUGUAUGCAAUUGGAAUUGUAAACACUUCAGAUCCAACACAAGUUGAAUUCUUGCGCGAACUGAAUCUGAUUGCAUCAGACCCUGACAGAGAACAUAUGUAUCUCAUAGAUGACUUUAAUACUCUUCCAGCUUUGGAAUCCAAACUUGUAAACCAGUUUUGUGAAGAUGAACAUGGUGCCUUAAUAUAUAAUCGUAUUGGAAAUGGAGGAAGCAUAAAUGUACCAUCCAUUCACUCAAUAUCUUCUCAUCAUUCCCCAUACUUAUUACAUACUAACAGUAAUACUGGGCAGUCAGUUUCUUCAAAAGGACGUGAAACACCCACAAAAGAGAAUUCCAUAAAUCAUGAACAGCUUUCUCGGCAAUUAAUCCCGGCAAAAGAAUCACCCAAGAGAUUUCACGAGGGCUAUGACAUUGGACUUAAGGGACAUCAUAACCCAUCCUGGUCUCCAGUGAAUGUUGAAGUAGUGACAUCAUCACUGCCAUCUUCAUCUUCAUCACCACCACCGCCGCCGCCAUCAGUUCCGCCAGAAAAAACACAGUCAUCUUCUCAUUCACCAGCUUCUUCCCUAGCACCUACGCCAAAGCCAGAAAAGAUCCUGACUCCGCAAUGUAAAUUACGAUUAGAUCAAGGACCAUGCCGUGUGUAUAUAAUAAAAUGGUAUUAUGAUAAGCAAGCCAAUUCUUGUGCUCAGUUUUGGUAUGGUGGCUGCGAUGGAAAUGAGAAUCGCUUUGAUAGUGAAGAGGACUGUAAAAAGGCCUGUGUCUUUUUCUCUGGAGAUGUCUGA